CGUCGUAUCGAACUCUUCGGUCCCAACAAGCUUGAGCAGGAAGAACAAAAUGCGUUCUUACAGGCAUGUUAUGCUGCACACUCCUGCAGCGCUUCCAUUUACCUCUUCCAUAGUUCUUGAGUUUCAUGUGGAAUCCCUUAUCCUGGGUCAUGGAGGGAGCUGCACUUGUUGCCAUUGUAUUAUCAAACGGUAAUGAUCAACCACCAGACUGGGAGGAUUUCAUCGGUAUCGUUCUUCUCCUUUUCAUCAACUCCGCCAUCGGUUUCUACGAAGAGCGUAACGCUGGUAAUGCCGUCAAGGCACUUAUGGAUUCCCUCGCUCCCAAAGCAAAAGUCAGACGUAACGGCUCCUGGUUGGAAAUCGAAUCUUCAGGACUCGUUCCCGGUGAUAUGAUCUCUUUCAAGAUCGGUGACAUUGUUCCCGCAGACUGUCGUUUGACGGAAGCCAUCAACGUCUCCAUCGACCAGGCUGCCCUUACGGGCGAGUCUCUUCCUCAGAGCAAGAAGUUGGGUGAUCAGUGCUUCUCGGGUUCGACGUGUAAGCAGGGUGAGGCGGAAGGUGUCGUAAUUUCCACUGGCGCCAACACUUUCUUCGGACGGGCUGCUUCUCUCGUGGGCCAAGACGAUGACACUACGGGUCAUUUGCAGAAGAUUCUUGCCCAGAUUGGCUCGUUCUGCUUGGUAUCGAUCGGCAUCUUUGUGAUCGCAGAGAUUCUCGUACUCUAUGCGGGCUUCCGCUACAGCUACCGUCGUGGUCUCAACAAUAUAUUGGUGCUCUUGAUCGGUGGUAUCCCCAUUGCCAUGCCAACUGUCUUAUCCGUCACUCUUGCUGUGGGUGCCCAACAAUUGGCUAAGCACAAAGCCAUUGUUACCCGUAUCACCGCCAUCGAAGAGUUGGCCGGUGUUACCAUCCUUUGCUCCGACAAGACGGGUACGUUGACCACCAACAAACUUACCAUCGAUAGGGCCACCAUUCGCACAUACGGCCCCUUCUCUGCCGAUGAUGUCAUGCUCCUUGCUGCCUACGCUUCUCGUACCGAGAACCAGGAUGCCAUUGAUUCAGCUGUUGUUCAGGCUCUCGGUGAUGUUUCACGUGCUCGUGCUGGAAUUAAACUCCUCGACUUCAAGCCCUUCAACCCCGUUGACAAACGCACGGAGAUCACUUACCGUGAGGAGUCGUCCGGCAUGUUGAAGCGCGUUACCAAGGGUAUGACUGGUAUCAUCAUCGAACUUUGCUCGCGCAACAAGACCGAGGAGCUUGAGAAUAGACUUGAAGCUGAUGUCGAGGAAUUCGCUACGCGUGGUCUUCGUGCCCUCGCUGUUGCAUACGAGGAGCUCGACGGCCAAGACCCAGAAGGUGAAGGUAACGGUCUCGAGCUCAUUGGCCUUCUUGCCAUCUUCGAUCCCCCUCGUGAAGACACCAAGCAGACCAUCGAUGAUGCUCUUGCUCUCGGCGUGAAGGUGAAGAUGGUUACCGGUGACCAGCUUGCAAUUGCGAAGGAGACUGGUCGUCGUCUUGGUCUCGGUGACCACAUGUAUCCCGCCAAGGUUCUCAAGGACGGCCCCGCUCCUGGUGGCAAACACCUGUCACUUGAUGAGAUGAUUUUGGAUGCCGAUGGUUUCGCUGGUGUGUUCCCUGAGCACAAAUAUGAGAUCGUCAAGCGUCUCCAGGGUCUUGGCCACCUGUGUGCCAUGACUGGUGAUGGUGCCAACGACGCUCCCGCUCUUUCCCGUGCCAAUGUUGGUAUUGCUGUUGAGGGUGCCACAGACGCUGCUCGUGGUGCUGCUGAUAUUGUGCUGACCGAACCCGGUCUUUCCACCAUCGUCCACGCUAUUCGCGGUUCGCGUGUCAUCUUCCAACGUAUGCGCAACUACUCCAUAUACGCUUGCGCUGUCACCAUUCGUAUUGUCGUAUGCUUCGCGAUCCUUGCCUUCGCAUUCAAGUUCGACUUCCCUCCCUUCAUGGUCCUGAUCAUUGCCCUGCUGAACGACGGUACUAUCAUGACACUCUCAGUUGACCGUGUUUUGCCCUCAAUGACACCUGAUUCUUGGGACCUCGCUGAGAUCUUCGCGUAUGCCGUCGCUUAUGGUAUCUAUUUGACUGCCUCGACUGUGGCUCUGGUCACCAUCAUCCUGGAGACUACGUUCUUCUAUGACAAAUUCGGUGUCACCUUCAAUGGGAAUCCAUCUCCUUCUGGUUCCAAUGAUUAUCAGCUCCACAUGAUCGUCUACCUCCAAGUUGCUAUCAUCUCGCAAGCGUUGAUCUUCGUCACCCGUUCGCACGGUUUCUUCUUCAUGGAGCGCCCUUCUGUUGCUCUCUUCGGAGCAUUCUGCGUUGCGCAGCUCGUGUCUUCGAUUAUCGCCGCCUACGCCAAUUUCGGCUUCACGCAGAUCCAGGCGAUUUCAGGUGGAUGGAUUGGUAUUGUGUGGGUUUGGAACAUCGUUUGGUUUGCCCCUCUCGACUGGAUCAAAUUCGCAAUGAAGGCCACUGUUAUCAAGAAGCUUCGCCAACGCCACGAGGCGGCACAAGCGGCACAGGCCAUCACUGGUGUCCCCAUCACUCGCACCCAAUCUCGCGCUGCUUCGAUCCACGAGUCGUUAUACUCGAACCGUGUGUCGUUCAUCCGCCGUGCUGCUCGCAAAGUCGGCUUCGGAUCCAAGAUUACGAUGAAGCCCGAGGAGCUUCAACGCUUCAGCAGUAUUCAAGCACAACGUACGGGUGCGACACUCGCUCGCAAUCCCAGUCGCACCGCUGCUGCAUAGACUUUGUGAGUUGUAGAAAGGGAACGAGUGUUUCGAGAUCAGCCGCAGCAAAGCAAAACGCAUGGAACGAUGUCACCUGUAAUCUAAUAGAUAUUAUCAAGGCCCGCCGUCUCGCAUGUGGUGUCAUCCCUCUCUUUGCCUAUUCCUACUCAUUUCAUGUCACCAUCACGUACAUAUAUACGCAUGGCAUUGGAUCUGGAUACCUCGUGCCUGUUUCGUCGGUUGCUCUUGGUUUGAUUUUCUGUGG